AUGACCUUCGAAGUUAGAAAGUCUAUUCCCGAGAUUGACCGAAGCUGUGCUCCACCAUUGCACGGUGCACGAGAAUCACCCACGCCGGGACCUGCUGAACGAGUCAUUCGGCCAGUCCAGCCUGGCCGGAAACAGCAUCCUGGCUUCCGCCAGCCAAUCAUCGUCUCCGUGGCGCCACUCCCCCGCCAGAAGCUCUUCUCUGGUGGCGGCUGA